CAGCUGAUGGGCGUAUGCAGUGCGCACUUUGCGUGUCGCUCCGGCCCGUCCCUACUCCCUACUCUCUUGACAGCUGACAGGCUCCUUCCCCUUACUUCCCCUGUGUGUCAAGACUUGGCUGGACUUUGACCUCUUAGAAAAUGAUAUAGCGGUUUUGUCUUUUCAUACAUAUAUUGACGCAUCUUAACAUAAGUUGUCAGUCUUUUCAGACCGCAUCCCACCUCAAGUUUUGUCAAAGUCUCCUUAAAAAUGGGAGACGAAAUGGAUGGAAAUACCAUCCUGGCAGAAGCCUUGAAGUCUCAGGGGGUCGAAUAUGUCUUUGGCAUCGUUGGAAUUCCUGUUAUUGAGCUAAGUAUGGCCAUGCAGGCAGCUGGAAUGCACUAUGUUGGUUGUCGUAAUGAGCAGGCUGCCUGCUACGCUGCACAAGCCAUAGGAUUUUUAACAGGAAAACCUGCUGUGUGCCUAGUUGUCUCAGGACCUGGUCUGCUACAUGUCUUUGGCGGUAUGGCAAAUGCCCAAAUUAAUUGCUGGCCCAUGAUUGUGAUUGGUGGCUCAUGCCCUCAAGAUCAUGAAGGUAUAGGAGGAUUCCAAGAAUGUCAUCAGGUUGAGCUGGCUCGUCCAUAUUGCAAGUACUCGGUUCGACCACCUCACCCUAAACUUAUCCCAACACAUGUAGAGAAAGCGGUUCGACUUGCCACAUAUGGACGACCCGGUGUGAGCUACCUUGAUUUUCCUGGGAAUAUGUUAAGUAUGUCAGUUCCUUUGGCUGAUGUUUGUGUCGUCAGCAAAGUCCCUCCACCACCAGUAGCUUUCCCGGACCCUGCCAAAGUUAGGGAAGCAGCUCUGAUACUAACUCAGUCGAAACGGCCCCUUGUUAUUAUUGGAAAAGGAGCAGCGUAUGGGAAGGCAGAAUCUGCACUUCAAGACUUGAUUCACACCUGCAAUCUUCCUUUCCUGCCAACACCUAUGGGUAAAGGAGUUGUGUCAGAUAUGGAUGACAAUUGUGUGGCACCAGCAAGGUCUGCAGCUCUCCAAAAAGCUGAUGCUAUUUUAUUGUUUGGUGCACGGCUCAAUUGGAUGUUGCACUUUGGACGUCCACCUAGGUUCAAUCCUAAUGUAAAAAUAAUUCAGGUGGAUUUAUGUGCUGAAGAAUUUCAUAACAGUCGAGCAAGCACUGUUGCCAUCCAGGGCGAUAUCAAAAUUGUUUGUGGUUCAAUUCUUCAAGAGCUAUCUUCCCAAAGGUGGAAAUUACCUCCAUCAAGCUCCUGGUGGGAUUUACUUAAAGGAAAGGUGCAAGGAAACAAGACAACUGUUAGUAAAAUGAUUGCUGACAUCCGGCCUCCUCUCAAUUACUACACUGUGUUUCAUCACAUUCAAGAAUUAAUUCCUAAAGAUGCCAUUAUUUGUAGUGAAGGAGCAAAUACUAUGGAUAUUGGACGAACUUUACUGUCAAACACUCUACCUCGCCAUCGUCUUGAUGCCGGAACUUUUGGAACCAUGGGAGUUGGCUUGGGUUUUGCUGUGGCUAGUGCACUGUGGUGUCAGAAGUAUGCACCUGGAAAACGAGUCAUUUGUGUUGAGGGAGACUCGGCUUUUGGUUUUUCUGGAAUGGAAGUGGAAACUAUGUUUAGGUACAAGUUGCCUAUAAUAAUCAUUGUAGUGAAUAACAAUGGAAUUUAUGGUGGAUUUGAUCAAGACACCUACAAUGCUAUAAGGGAUGGAGCUGACCCUACCCAAGUUACCCCUCCCACUGCAUUGACUGUUCGAGUGCGCUACGAUAAUAUGAUGAGUCUUUUCGGCAAGAAAGGAUUCUUCUGCAAAACUAUUCCAGAGGUUCAGGAAGCAGUUAAGGAGAGUCUGAAGGUCCUGGAUAGCCCUUCCAUCAUCAACAUAGCAAUUAAUCCUGCAGCUGACCGCAAACCUCAACCUUUCAACUGGCUUACAGAGUCUAAACUUUGAGUCUUACUCUUCAAUACAAUCAGUUUAAGGUAAAUGAUGUUAAUUUGAAUGGAAAUCUAAUGUAUACUGGGCACAAAGGUGGCUGGAAGAUUUUAUAUGCCUUAUCAGAUGUUAUCUAGCUGGGUAUGGACUUAUUAAUCUGGUUUUAUAUCUUUUAUACCUGUGUGUGCCUAUGAUUGGUCCACAUGAUAUUACUAUUAAAUGAAAUACAUGUCAUAUCAAUGGUA